AGCUUUUUAAAAAAAAUUUGGGUGCUUUGGUGACCGGAGAUCUUUUUUCCCCCAAGAAGAAUACGGGAUAUAAUAUAUUUUCAAAUUGAACAUUUGAAAUGUCUGUUUUACUUUUGGUUUGGAGAAGGGUUGAUAUUGAUAUUGACUUAAUUGACUUGAGGUAGGAGGAGCCGAGGAAACUGGAAAACUUGAAAAAUUGAGUUUUCUCUCAACCUCAAGAGCUCAACAGUCAAACUCAACAACAAACUCCAAAUCCAAAAUAAAUCCAAAAUUCGGAAAUUCCAAAUUCCAAAAUAAAAUCAGAGGGAAGGGGAAGGCAGGCAGAGAAGCGGUAUUUGAUGAGUAAAGUCGUUCUACGUCGUCAACGAUCCUAUACACAGUUUGAACAGUGAAUGUUUGAUUUACAAACAAGUUCGCGAAACAAAUCUUUCAAUUUGAUUCUUUUCGUUCUGUUAUGAUUGAUUUUUGAUAAUAAACAAAAAUUAAUUUUUUUUCAAAAUUUGAAAAUUUUCGUUCUUGUUCUGUUUGAAAUUUGUUACAUAUUUUGUAUCAGUUAGUUUUUUAAAAAAUGAAUUAAAAAUUUAUUCAAAUUUGAGAAGAUGCUUCAUAUUAAUAAUACUCCGACUACCACUACCGAUAUUUUUCAACUGAUUUCAAAGUUCCUUUCCAAAAUGGUAGAAAGCGGAGUUUUGAAAACAUUCACAUUCUUGUACUCGGAAAACCAACCGUAUUUGGAUAAGAACCUGGCCGAUAUGAUGGACGUAAUAGAAGACCUAAAAGCGAUACUUGUGAAAAUAUGUGCUCAUAUCCCGCCUCAGAAUGAACCCCUAAUGAAACACAACACCUACCAUCCCCAAUCAUCUGUUUCCCUAGAAAAUGAAUGCGUUUCCAACGAAGAAAACAUCGCGUAUUCGCGACACAGCGACGAGUUUUCCUUCAACGAAAUACACAACACAAUCGAACGCAACAUACAACUGAUCGCCGAAACCGAGAAACGUAUGUGUGAUAAUCUAGACCAUAGUUUUUCGUCGACGGAAAUCGCCAGCGAUGCCUUAAAACCUACCAAACACACGAUGUUCUCCGAAUGCAGCAGUAUCAAUAGUUUGUUAAAAGAAGACCAGAAUGAUUUCCUUCAAGAUAUGAGAUUUCCUACGACCGAGCCGCAAAACCCGCCUCUGCCGGACACGAAUACCGUGUAUUACGUACAAUACGACCAGCAGUGUGAAAAUACUUUACAGAAUAUAGAUCUGGAUAUUUUGAAUCGUAGCAGAGAAUCUUAUCAGCAGCCGAAUUAUAAUGAAAGAAUUAAUCCGAAUUUUGAUAGGAUUUUCGAUGAUCAGUUUCCUGAGAAUGAGUCAUUAUUGGAAUCGGAAUGCUGGAAUGAUAUUAAUUUACCAUCGACUGAGCCUAUGUCUUCGGGAAUGGAAAUACAAGCGUCGCCCUUCGAAUUGACUGAUUUGAAAAGUAAAAUGGAUGCCAAUUUAGAAGAAUCGUUGGUAUCGAAUUUGGAGUCUGAAUUGAGCAAUGAGUUAACGAAUACUGUGUCUAAUGUUCCUGCUGCGUACGAUGUGAAUGAUGAUAAACCUUCCGAUGAUUUCGAUCAGAAUGAAUUUUUCUGCGAACAUUGCGGUAACACUUUCAAUACGAAGAUGAAAUUAAAAAUGCAUCUAAAAAAGAAACACAACGUUUACGUCAGUAGUGAAAAUCGAUGUGAUCAAUGUGGUAAAAUGUUCAAAACACGAGCUACUUUGUUAAUUCAUAUGCGAAUUCAUUCCGAUAUUAAGCCAUUCAAAUGCCCGUACUGUUGGCGAGCAUUCACUCAGAAAGGUCCUCUAAACGCUCACAUUCAAAUUCAUACAGGAUCGUAUAAAUUUUCCUGUGCUAUCUGCGAGAAACGUUUUCCAACCCAGGCUAAGUUGAAUUUCCAUUCCAAAACUCACGAAACGCCAGAACUACAAUGUGACGUGUGCUCAAAAAUGUUCACUACCAAACAGUAUUUAAAUUCUCAUAAAAAAUCUCACUUUAAACCGAAUACGGUGCACGGUUCCAAGCAAUAUUCGUGUACGGAAUGCAGUGCUGUAUUUGGUAAAAAGAAAGACUUACUGGUGCAUAUCGAGGGAUCACAUCCGGAUUUAAAAUUCGUGUGUUAUUUUGCCGGAUGUUCUCGAUCAUACCAGACUCAUAAAAAGUUGGCCGAUCACGUUUAUAAAAAACAUACGAUGAAAUCAUCUUGCGAAAAUUCUAAAAAGAUUGAAAAUGAAAAACUACAUUGUACCACUUGUAGAAAGACUUUCAUCGAGAAAAGUAGCUACUUCAGGCAUAAUUUACUCGUACACAGGGAGAAAGUCGAUGUUGAAAAUUCCUUCAAUUGUGUUCAUUGUGAUAAACGUUUCACUGCCGAAUCUAGUCUAGAUGAUCAUUUAGAAAAAUUUCAUAAUGCGGUGCAUUCCAAAGAACUUAAUUAUUCGUGUUCAAUUUGCGGAAGUCUGUUUUAUGCCGAAUCAGCUUUAAAAGAGCAUUACAAAAUACAUUCGGAUUUCAGCACCCAUCUGUGUCAAACUUGUGGAAUGGUUUUCGCCGAAAAGGCCAAUUUUCUGUUGCAUCAAAGCGUUCACGAUAUGAAAAAAGAUAUCACAACGAAAAAAUUCCAAUGCGAAACUUGCGACAUGAGAUUUGAGAACAAGAUGGAGCUAAAACAGCACGAAUUAGAUGUACACAAUAUCGUUCCAAAUGUCGAAGAACUGAGACCAUAUUCAUGUUCCUUUUGCGAAAAGCGUUUCACCACCAGAGGAAAAUGUAAUUUACAUAUGGAAACUCAUAGCAAGGAACGUAACUACCAUUGUACUAAGUGCGAAAAACGGUUUUACCGCCGAGAUUUACUGAAAGAGCACAUGAAUACCCAUAACGGUUACCGAGCUCACGUUUGCAAAAUAUGCGGUCUGGCGUAUUCGCUGAAAACAAGCUUGAAGACACACGAAAAAACUCACGGAAAGGUCGAAGAAUCGAUCAGCUGCGAACAGUGCCAGAAAAUAUUCCAUACCAAACAAGCGUUGAAUUUUCAUAUGAGAACUGACGAGGGAGCGUUCAGGUUCGCUUGUGAAGUAUGCGGAAAGAAAUUUGUCCGAAAGUGUCAUUACGACUUACAUCUGGCCAGCCAUUCAGUGGAGAGACCGUUCAAGUGUUUAAAAUGCCCAGCAUCCUAUAAAACCAGCAAACAUUUAAGGGAGCAUGCUAAAAAGAUGCAUCAAAACGAGCCAAAUUUCAACUCUUUGUUCGAUUCGAUAUACGUUGAAGACGAGGUAGUCAGUCAGCAGAAUUUACUGGACGAGUACAUACCGCCGAUCGACCCUCUUCAGUCGGAUCUUAUUUUUGAUGAAGCUCAAGGAUCUUCGUUUUAGAAAAUCCUACCGUGUGUUGAUAUUUUUAUUUAUUAUACAUUUUAUUGUUGAGUUUUUUA